AUGUCACGUAACCAAGUAUUUGUAAAAUUGAAUUUGCAUGAAAGUGCGGCGCUUGCUGUUNAUUUAAGAUUUGUAAAAUUGAAUUUGCAUGAAAGUGCGGCGCUUGUUGUUAACGAGUGUCUAAUUUACUGGAAAAAAGCUCGAAUACAUACGCAAGAUCCAGCUAAUAUUAUAAGAAAAUUAAAAAAGUUUUACGAUGAACUGAGAAAUUUAGAGAAAAAUAAAACCAGGACCAGCGACUUAUACAAGAAAAGAGAACAAAAUUUUGUAGACCAAAUCGAAGAAUUGUUUGAUAUAGCUCAUGCUAAUGCAAUCAGUCUAAUGAAGAUCCAGGAAGAUAUUGAUUUUUUGCGACUUCAACGAACUAAGGGACGUCCCGGAUGUAUGAUGGGAGUAGAUAUGAAUUUAACCCAAGCAGAAAAAAAAAUGCAAAUAAGACAAGAACAGAAAAAUAAAAUACUUAUACCUCACUCAGAUACAGAAACUUUAUUAGAAGAAAAAUAUUCAUGUACUUCAUCGGAUUCAUGUGAUAUGGAAAUCGUAAGUGAAGAAGAGAGACAAUUUUCACCAGUAGCAGACUAUAAUACAAAACGCAAAAUGGCUGAAAAAAUUCUAAGUUAUAAUGAUGAUGAUGAUGAAGAAACUAAUCUGAAUAAAAAGUUAACUCUUACACCAGACGAUGUCCCCAAUUUUCUUCAAAAAGACCUACCAACUGAUUUAAUAACUUCCAAAUCAAUUGAAAUGUUUAAGCGGUUUAAAAUUCAAACAAAUUUUUUAAGCAUUGAUCCAGCUUAUUGGAAUUAUCAGGAAGACUUCAAAACAGGUAGAGAAAUAAUCAAAUCAUUGAAAAUAGUUAACGACACAGCUGAGAGAAGAGUCAAGCUAAUGGAAGAAUAUAAUGAUAAAUUUACUAAAGACGAAGAACAAAACAAUUUUUAUUGCAGGUAAAUUUAACAAUUUUUAUUUUUAACUUAACUUAAUUAUAUCGCUUAAAUUUUUAGACCGUCUAAGAUUAUCAAAAAAAAUAUCCAAAAUGUGAUAGAGAAACAUUAAAAAAAAUAUAUUAAGAGAAAAAUACUAGUUCCAUGUAGAUAAAUGUGCUAUGAAUUUUGUAAUAAUUAUGUGUUGAUAGAAUGGAUUAUACAUUUUUUUUUAUUUAAUCUUAGUCAAUAUUCAUGAAAUUAUUAUAUAGUUAUUUUAUACAAUUUUUUACUUAGCUUUUUUUUAGCU